AUGAAACAAAGAAUCACAUCUUUAGAUCUCCAGAUCCUUACCGGAGAAUUGCGAGAAUCCAUAUUGAACUAUAGGUUGCAAAAUAUCUAUAAUGUGGCGAACUCAGCAAGACAGUAUGUGUUGAAAUUUGGUUUGCCUGACUCCAAGAAGAGUCUUGUGCUUGACUGUGGAAAUAAGCUUCAUUUGUCUGAUUUUGAGAGACCAAUUGCUCCUGCUCCAUCCAACUUCGUGACUAAGUUGAGAAAGCACUUGAAGAGUAGGAGACUUUCGAACUUGAAGCAGCUUAGGAAUGAUAGAGUGCUUGUGUUUGAGUUUUCUGAUGGGCAGUUCUACCUUGUUCUUGAGUUCUUCAGUGCUGGAAAUAUGUUAUUGUUGGAUGAAGAAAUGAAGAUUUUGUCGCUUCAGAGACUUGUCACGAAUACUGAGGCUGGUAACGAUAAGUAUGCUGUCAAUGAGACCUACAGGAUGUUUGACAAAUCACUCUUUGCUGAAGAGGCAUCCUAUCAAAAAACCAUAUUCACAAGCGACACAGUCAAGGACUGGGCUGCUACUCAUAAGCAGAAGCUUGUCAAUGAUACCUCUGAAAAGAAAAAGAAGAAGGUUUUCUCCAUUCAUAAGCUUGCAUUUGUCAAUGCAAGUCAUCUUUCAAGUGACCUUAUUCUCAAGGCUCUUGCCGAAGUGGACGUUUCUCCUACUCAAAGCUGCCUAGAAGUGGUGGAAGAUCAGGAUAAACUAGACCAAGUCGUGGAGGCUCUUAACUUGACAGAGACAAGAUAUGAGGAACUCCUCAGCAAUAUCCAGAAUGAGAAGGUUCGUGGUGUCAUUGUGGAGAAGAAAAAUAACUUGCAUGAUCCUAGUAACCCUGACUCCUUGGAGUUUGUCUAUGAAGAAUUCCACCCUUUUGUCCCAUUCAAGAGUGACAAGAAGACAUUCAGAUUCCAAGAAGUUGAUGGCUAUAACAAAACACUCGAUAAGUUUUUCACGACACUUGAGUCUACCAAAUAUGCAUUAAGAAUUGAACAGCAAAAACAGCAUGCCCAAAAGAGAUUGGACACUGCAAAGAAUGAGAGAGAUAGACAGAUCCAACUGUUGCAAAUUCAGCUGGAAAAUAAUGAAAAGAAGGGUAACACGAUUAUAUAUCAUGCUGACUUGGUGGAGGAUUGCAAACUGUCAAUUCAAGAAUUGCUCAACAAGCAAACGGACUGGGAAAUCAUUGAAAAGCUAACGAAAAUGGAACAGUCCAAGGGUAAUAAGGUGGCCAAGACCAUAAGACUUCCGCUUAAUCUCAAGGAAGGUAAAAUUAAGCUAGCAUUGCCUGAUCCUGACAGCUUCCAGGAGGAAGAAGAGGUUGAAUCUGAUGCAUCAAGCGCAUCUUCUGAUUCAGAAUCCAGCAGUGAGGAUGAGUCCAGUUCCGAGAGUGAAGACGAAUCCAGUGAACUGGAUUCGGACUCCAGCGACUCUGACUCUGACUCUGAGUUUGAAGAGUCCCAACCUAAGAAGAAGAAGAAGGCGCCAAAGUCUAAGGCGCAACCCUCAGCUCCAACUGUGAAUGUCGACAUCGACCUCACGCUCUCUGCAUUUGCCAAUGCCCGUCUCUACUUUGACUCGAAGAAGACAGCUGAUUCUAAGCAAACCAAGGUGGAACAAAAUACGCAGUUCGCCUUGAAGAAUGCCGAAAGAAAGAUUCAGAAGGACUUGGCCAAGAAUCUUAAGAAGGAAACAGAUGAGCUCAAGGCCAUCAGGCCAAAAUUCUGGUUUGAAAAGUUCUUCUGGUUUGUCACAAGCGAUGGAUAUUUGUGUCUAUCAGGAAGAGACGAUUUGCAGACUGAUAUGAUCUACUACAGACACUUCAGUGAUAAUGAUUAUUAUGUUUCUUCAGACGUUGAGGGCUCGCUCAAGGUUUUCAUCAAGAAUCCUUUUAAGGGCAAGCCACUCUCUCCAUCCACCUUAUUCCAGGCUGGUAUUUUUGCAUUGUCGACUUCUGCUGCUUGGAACGGCAAAUCCAGCUCUUCUUCAUACUGGAUGGCAGGUGAUGGCAUUUCCAAGAAAGAUAUUGAUGGGACUUUGUUGGGUCCAGGUAGACUCAAUUUGAAAGGGAAAAAGAAUCUUAUGCCUCCAGCCCAAUUGGUAAUGGGCUUCGGUCUCUAUUGGCUUGUUGAUGAGGAAACCAACAAGAAAUAUACAGAGGCAAGAGUUCUGAAGCAAGAAGAACACGGUUUGCAACCUGAGGUAAGCAAUAAGAAGAAGGAUCUCGAGAACUUGAAUCUUGCUGCUAUUUUCACUGAUCGGGAGAAGGAAAGCAAUGAACAAGAAGGAACUGAGAAUGUGGAGUCUAAGGAAGAAGAAGAAGAAGAAGACGGUACCGCCCCUCAAGAAGAUGAGUCGACGCCUUCGGGUCCCUCCAAUGAUAAUGAAGUCGAAAACAUUACAUCUCCUCUUCUGAAGGCUAAUGUCCGUGGUAAGAAAGGAAAGUUGAAGAAGAUCAACGCCAAGUACGCUGAUCAAGAUGAAGAGGAAAAGCUUAUCAGGAUGGAAGCAUUGGGAACUCUCAAGCAAAUCCAAGAGCGUGAAAAACAACAAGAAGCCGAAGCUAAACGUAAGGCUGAGCAGGAGAAAGAAAGGUAUGCUGAUAAGGGUGCUGAACGCUCCAGAGCGAAGGAAGCCAGACAGCUCAAGAAAUAUUUGCAAGACGACGAAGAUGGUGUUGAUGUCGCCUUCUUGGAGCAGCUCGAUUCCCUAUUACCUAGAGCGGCUAAAGAUGAUGUUGUUGGCGCUUUCGUCCCUGUCUUUGCCCCAUGGUCUGCCCUCAGCAAGUUCAAGUACAAGGUUAAAAUCCAACCUGGUUUUGGAAAGAAAGGAAAGUCUGUUACUGAGGCAAUCCUGUAUUUCUCCAACCGUAAAGUGGAUGCUUCAAAGGAAGAUGCAGAGUUGGAUUGGCCAGAAGAACAUGAAAUGCUAAAGGGAGCCAAGUCUAAUGACAUCCUGGGCGUGUUCACUGUCAGCAAAGUGAAGUUGGUUUUGCCAGGAAGCAAUGGAGGUGAUAAAGGUAAAGGUGGUAAGGGCAGCGGAAAAGGUGGUGGAAAAGGUGGUGCUAAGAAAGGAGGAAAGAAGAAAUAG